AUGCACCAGUGUGACCUAACUUCCCACUCCAGCCAUCUCAAUAAGGACACCUGGGGCAACCUCGGCUGCGUCUGCCCCCAGAGAGGCAUAAUCACCUACACGAUCAGUCCCAACCGCCAGAACCCUCUGGCUGGUGCUGCGCACGACGCGAUAUUUAAUACUUGGCGCCGGUUCCGCAUGCAGGUCUUGUACUGGGCACCACCCCUCAUUGCUGCCUACUAUGCCAUGGACUGGGCUACUAAACGGAACAAGUAUCUUAAUAGCAAGGACGGCAGGGCAGAGACCGCCAACCAGGAAUAA